CUGUUAGUGAUAGAAGUCUCUGUUUGUUUUGCUGCUUUUAUUGCAUAAACCCUUCGGCGUACUAAAUCUCCUAAAAUGGUUCCUUGAGUAGAAUAGCAUCAACUCUCCAUGAUAAGGAUAGAUACGUGCACGUGGAAGUUAUUGGUUGGAUGGGAGAGGAUGAGGUUUCCGAAGAGGGCCAGCCACUGAGUCACACCGAUGAAACUUCCAAUAUUGCAACAGUCGAACAUGUAAGCUUGUUUUCAUCUUCAUAUUUCGCUCUUCCUGUCUGCUUCUUUGCUGCUUUCUAUUUCCUCUCUGAGCCAAGAAUAAUGGCCACAGCAUGUUGCCCCUCUUCAGCUAUUGCCCGCGCUGUGCUCGCUUCCAAGGCGGCGAUUCCCGUCACCUCGCCGCAAGUUCUUGGUGUGCCUCAAACUGCAACGAGGAUAGCAACAAUGAGAUGCUCACCAGAGAAGAAGCCACACCGACGUGACACCCAACGAGCCUCAACUGCUGCCAUGACCUCGUCGCUUGUGCUUGCGGCGAGUAGCGUAAUGAGCACCCCUGAUGCGGUUCUGGCCCUGGUCGACGAGCGAAUGAGCACGGAAGGAACAGGUCUGACGCUCGGCAUUAGCAACAAUUUAUUGGCGUGGAUACUUCUUGGUGUGUUCGGACUCAUUUGGUCCCUUUAUUUUGUGUACACAUCUGAUCUGGAUGAGGAUGAGGACUCUGGUCUUUCCCUUUAAGAAAUUCAGUUUGUAUUAGAAAAAGAAUGAAGAAAAGCAGAUAACUGCCAAGUAAAUUUUAAAAUGCCUUGCCUUA